AUGCUGCUUCUCCAAAUGGUUCUUGGAAGCCUGAUCCGACCAGUUCUAUAUUUUCCCGCAAGUGGCGCCACCGUCAAUGGACCUCUGAUCAAACUUCUAUCCCCUCCGAUGCAGUACUACUUCAGCUUCUUCAUAGUUGGAUGUGAGGCUCAUUUUUUUUUCAAACAAAAUUUGAGAAAUUCCAGGCGUGGUGGCAUCAACGGUGGCCCUAUUCGAGUACAGAUUCCAAGCGAUUCUACCGGAAAACUCGGCUUUCAAGUUUUCCACAAGGACUCGAGUCAUCAUUUUUGCCGUUAGGAUAAUCGUAGCUUGUAAUAACGCGGCACCGACUCAAUUUUGGAUCGAUCGGGAUAAAGAUGCUGCUGAGCAUUGGAGAACAGUAACUUUUCGAUAGAACUUGUCAAUAUCAAAUCAUAGUAAGAUCACCGUAUUUUUUUCAAUUUCAUAGCUAGGAAUAACUGGAAAGAGUCAUUUUUUGAUGUAACUUACUUGGGAAACUUUUCUGGACACUUCAAAGAACUCAAAAUAGCGCUUUUUUGUCAUAAUUUGCGAACUUUGAAGCUCCAUAAAUUUGAAACGAGGGCGUGAAAAACUUUCCCUAACUGAUGAAAAUGACCAAAAUUUCUUUUGAUUUCAAAAAUUGCGGGCCAUCAGAACCGUUAAUAUCCUUCUAAUCACUCUGAUUCCGUUUUUUUCUGUCUCGAAAUUUCAUAAAAAGUGGCCUUUCCAAGAUUUAGACCCCCGUGAGAAGUUAAAAUCCAUAGAUUUUGAUGAAAGUCAAAAAAAAAAAAAAUCAGUUGGAAAAAAAAGUUUGCUACUUGCAUUUUCAUGUAGAAAUCUAUUGAAAAAUUAACUUUUUUUCUAAAAAAAUCUCAUAUUUUCUAUCAAUUAAACAUCAUACAAUUUAAAAACCCCAAUUUUUCAAAUCUAGAAGUCCUUCUUCAACAUAAUCCAAUUCCCUAGCCCAUCCCGAAAUUUCCAGUCCCUACCCUGCCUGCCAGAAGAAGCACUAUCGAAAUCGUCCACAGUUUUCCUUGAACCAGAAAACUUGAAGUUCGUCUUCAUUUUCUGUGCAAUCGCCUGGUGUCAAUGUGUUGUGGAGGGCUUUUUCUACGUUAUCAGUUCGAUCAGGUUAGUUGGAAUUUCACAGACAAAAAAAACAAUAUUCAGAAAACUGAACCCAUACGUGAAACACGAGUGUUCGGAUAGAACCAAGCAACUUCAAUGGUCAUUUUUGAAGGCUCUUCUUAUUCAGGUAACUUCAAAAGUUCAAUAAAAUUUUCAAAAAGGUGGUUUUUUAGGAAUGCGCUCCAAUUUUGAUCGCUUAUCCUUUACCAGCUUUAUACGUCAGCUUCAGCUGCUACACGGGUUACAUGAACAUGGGUAAAUCCUUAUUUUAGUGAGUAAAAAGAAAAAUUCCUCGCCCCAUUUCGUUGAUUUUUAAAAAUGGGAAAGCCUUGGAAUCCCAGCCCAAGAAAGUCUGAUUAUAAUUUUCCGUAAGUUAUUGCCCUGAACUGAAAAAAUAAUAGUGCUCUAAAAAUUCGUUCAAAAUCCAAAAGAAUCGAUGAACUUCAAAACAGCAUCACACCAAAAUUUCAGUUUGAGUUUUUUGAACUCCUAUUGUAAUCAGAAUAGACAAGGUACUGAAAAUUUUGCAUAGGAAUCUUACUGGCUCCGCCCCUUUUUAGGGUUACGGUAGGAAAAAUACCAAAAAAAAACCUCUCAUUUUCCAGCACUAUUUCGUAACCCUCUCAAGAGCCCUUAUUAAAAAUUUACUCGUUCAUAUCAUUCUAACAAUAUUAUCACACCAAAACUCCAUCAAAAAGUGGGAUUUAUUGUAGUCCAAGCGCCAUUAAAAAUUAAAAUCGACGAGAGUCAACAGGGGCCUGAAGAGACACCAGAGAAGCUAGAAAUUCCAUUUUUCUCUGAUCUCUCCUGAUCUCUCGCCUCUAGUUGAACCUCAGGAACUUGGGUGAAAAACUGUUAAAGUGUGUCGUAAAGUAAAACGUUUCAACCGCAAUGAGAAAGUGCAUACACUUCUUAUUUCUACCGUAUCCCAAAAAUAUCAGAGUUUUCACCCUUCCUUCCAGCAAAUGAAUCUUAAAAAACUCUCGUGAUCCCUCGCCUCUAGUUGAACCUCAGGAACUUGGAUGAGAAACUCUUGAAGAUUGUCGUAAAGUAAAACGUUUCAACCGCAAUGAGAAAGUGCAUACACUUCUUAUCUCAACCGUAUUCCAAAAAAUCAUAGUUUUCCCCCCUUCCUUCCUGGCAAUGAAUCUUAAAAAUUCGUUUUCAGACCUCAACAACAUUGCGGUUCUGAUUCUGAUGAGCCACGGGAUGCUCUCGGGUGUCGCCGUCAUACUGGUCAACAAGCCUUAUCGACAAUUUUGCUGCCGACUGUUUCACAAUAAAAAUUUCCCGAGAAAAUGUAGCGUUUUUGUGGACGUUCCCAACGGUCUCAAUAUUCCAAGCUACUAUCAUCUUUUCUCGAAAUAA